UUUAUAAACCACGUGAUUCACAAAGUUAAACACACGUUAAAUAUAUUACCUGUGAAUCUGUGGAUCACCAGCAGGUGAAUUGUUAUAGGUGUAUACUGAACACAGUGUUAUUUUCGACAUUGACACAUCAUGACAAAAUUAGUGAAAUGUCGAUUGAGGAUAUUAUUUCAUACAAUUUUCAUUCUAACGUGCUUAGCAAUAUCGGGAUACGAAGGCAGAAAGAUCGAAUCAGAAAAGGAUAUACAACAUAAAAGGGAAAAUGUGUCUCCUCAAUCCCAAACACGAGGUGUCGACAGCGGAUAUGAAACAGAACCAGGUGUUAGACGGUGUCUUGGGAAAGCAUGUGAAAAUGUGGAUAUUACUACCAAAAGCAGACACCACCAUAGUAGCGGAUCUACAAGGAAUUCACGACGGCGAAAUGCUAGAAACAGACAAAUGAGACUUAGCCAUCGACGUGAUGAUCGUCACAGACCGCCUGCAAUUCAUCCGGGUCAUCGUGACGAGGUUGAGGGAAAAUCCAGAUCGGAACAAAUUCCAAGAAAUAGAGGAACGAAUCGUAGACCACAUCAAUUGAAAGCGGGGAGAAAACAUUCAUCACAUCACAAAGCAUCGUCCCCACAACAAUUCCCUCGUCGAACAUCACUUAAUGUCGAUGUCAGCAAAUCUAGGAAUCUGCCAAAGACAGGACAUGGCUUGGUUGUCGACGAAAAGGCUCUUCAAAGGAAAGAUGGGAUGCCCCGUCAACACGCCGCCAUGGAUCUCCAAAUCAGUCCAGUAGCGGUUGAAAAUAUCGCAAUAAGCAAUUCAAUGCAAAGUCAUUCCCCUUACAGAUACAAUCGUCAUCGUCAAGGAUACCGGCGUCGCUAUGGAUACGGACAAAGAGCGCCCGCAGCGGUCUCAAGAUGGGAACAGAGAAUGCGGCCAAAACUUAACGUGGCUGUGCACAACCUCAAACACACAAUGUCCAAUAUCCUUCAAAUUAUGCAAAAGAAAGUUAAAAAGGUCAGCGAAAGUUUUACCAGUAUAAACUCCGAUGCCCGACAUGAUAUAAUGGAAGUGAAAGAGCAGCUGAAAUUUAUCCACGACGAAAACAAUCGUGCUUAUGAUGCAUUAUUAGACGUCACCCAGCUCGUGCGCUUUGUACACCUGAGGGCGUACGAGAGACGGGUAGCCCCCGUGUCCAUUAGCAUACCUCCAGAUAUGCAUUUCAAAGACUUCAGCCACAACGUCAUGCUUGCUGACCAGUCACAAAGACGAGCACACGUCAUGAAAACGAUCAUACAGCGUAUAAAAGGUCGCUGUAUGGAACAGGAACGGAUGCAUGCUGCAGUACUCAACAGUCUUAAUAGCAGAGAUGCCAGAUCUUUCUUUUUGGACAUCGAUCGUUAUCGACGGAAAAUCGAGACGAGACUGUACGGACAAAUCCGGGGUGACGUCAAACAGCGGAUACACACAUACCUGCGGUACCUGAACAGCAUCACCGACAUGUAUCUGGACGCCCGGAACUACUCAUACACAGCUAAUAAGGAAAUCAGAGCCGUUCGACGAGACGUGCAGAGAAACAUAGAAUUACGUAACGCUUUUAUCGAGAGACGCCCACCAGGCGACACGAUCGUUUUCCAAACAGAGGCACCCAUUACCAAUAUGAAUGAAAUUGAAGACUUCACCACUAAAAGCUAUCAACAUGCUCGACAGUUAGGUCGGACAGUGGAGUCGUUGGCUAGGACGAUUAUUCCUGUACUGCAAAAGGCAAAGAAGUCUAUUGAUGUCCGACGAAAUAGUGGGAGCAACGUGCGUUUGCAAUUGUUGGCUAUUGUGGGGAGACUGGCUGAUAUUGUCACGAAACUCGACAGACGGAUGGACGAACUACGCCUGUUACUGGCAGAUGAGAACAUACUUCGUGAGCGAUGUGAGGACCUAGUCACUGGAUCAGGUGGGGGAGACGACGAGGAUAUGGUCAUUGACUGUGAACAGUACAUCACCAUAUUAGGAAGUGGUGGAGAGGAUCUUAUGCCCACGCGUGUGACAACACCAAAACCACGACUUUCCCCCUCGUCUCCGCCUCUCGGCAAAUCUACGACGCCGCUAAUGAAAAUAAAAACAUCAACAACUGUGCCGUCGACGCCCCGCCCUACAACAACACCUGUUCCGACGACUGCGCAUCCAUCAACUUCAGCGCCGUCGACGCCCCGCCCUAAAAUAACGACACAAGUUCCGACGACGCCCCGCCCAACAACGCCAGUUCCGUCGACUUCCCGCCUAACAACAUCAAGGCCAGUUCCGACAACGACCCGCCCAACAACAACAACGACAACGCCAGUUCCGACGCCGCCCCGCCCAACAACGCAAGUUCCAACGACGACCCGCCCAACAACGAAAGUUCCAACGACGCCCCGCCCAACAACGCAAGUUCCAACGACGCCCCGCCCAACAACAAAAGUUACAUCGACGCCCCGUACUAAAACAACGACGCCAGUUCCAUCGACUACGCGCCCAUCAACAACAACCACGACAACAACAGUUUUACCAGUAACAACCUCAGCAACAACUUCUCGUCGAUCUUCAACCCCAACAACAACAGAGAUGUCAAUGGCCGAAUCAACAGAUGACUUUUUUGAAACAACAUCUGACGACGACGAUAUAGUUUUCAGUGGAAAUGGAAUGUUUUAUUCAACUUCUGACAAGCUAAUCACAACCGUUCUCCCGACCAAGUCGACACCAUCUCCAAUUACUACUCCCUCCCCCACGACUACAACAACAAGCUCCCCUACGACUCUGGCGAGUAUACCCACUACAGUUCCCCAACUGACCACUGAGAAAUCGGUCACUACGACGGAGAUCGGCACAACAGUAGAAAUGGGGAGCGGUAACGAAGGCUCUGACUUCGUAAUUGAAGAUAAGGAAAAAGAGGAAUCCGGUUGGUGGUGGCUUGGAGGGGAUGACCCUAAUGCUGGCGCUUACCACAACUCAUUCCGAGACACGUUGCAGAAGAGAGCAGAACUGGAGCGAGAUAAGUCUGAUGACUUGAUGGCGAAGUCUAUCCCAAUCAGUCGCAGACAUGAUCUAAUUGAAGAGAGAUGGGACACUGUGAAAGGAAACGUAGCCGUUAUCAGCGAUUUCGUUAACAAUGCCACUGAAGUUGAAACAUUUUGGAUGGACACCAAGACACAAAUUGAGACCACACAAACAAGGAUAGCCAAAAUAAGCGCUAAAAUCAACCAGCAUGGUGUAACCAUCAGAAAUAGGAUCGAAAAGGCAGAGGCGAUAGCUAUGACUGAACUAAAGAAGGCGGAAUCUAGUCAAAACGGACAGGGAACGUCACGCCAACACGUUGAAAUGAUGACAGAUCUUUUAGCUAAAGUGGACACUGUCCGAUCCAACAUGCAACAGAUGAAGGAGAUUACUGGCAGUACGGAUGUCCAGCCCUGUGUGUCAGUGCAGAAGGAGGCAACAAACCUCCGCAACAACAUAGCAGAACUCCGCAAAAAAAUCGAUAGGGCUCGCGCCAUCACCUCGGCACUACCUGUUUCCGUAGCAAUGGUAGACGGAUGGGAAUAUCAACUCGAGGUGCCAUCGACAGGUGAAACGGAAUCUCCGGUGACGUCACUUGAGGUGUGCGUUAAGCCUGAAAGGUCGGCAAUGACGGUAGCGAAUUUCCAUGGUAACGGAACAGUAGCCUAUGGUAUAGGACUGGUGGACAGUGUACCUACGGUGUCUGUGACGGGUGCUGAUGGGGAACUUUACGGUACCAUAAAAUCCUCCGUCACCAUGGAGAAUUCGCAGUGGUACAACCUGCAUAUCACUAGAACCGGUCAAACCAUAGAAAUGCGGACAACACGACUUGGCAAUGACAGUGAACCUACCCGAGAGGCAAUAGCUUUCCCUAACAUGCUGGCUUUACAGAGCUCUCCAACAACAGUACAUGUUAGCGGAACUAGUUCCCCUAACCAGGGAAAUAAUAACGUGUCUGGUUGUAUUGGAAACGUGAUGGUCAAUGGACAAGCUGUUGGAUUGGCAAAUACUGGAACCAUGAGAGAACCUGUGAAGACGUGUACCUCGGAAUGUGCUUCAUCUAGUGUACCUUCAAUGGUGUUUGAUGGGAACGGAUAUGUCAUGUUCCCUAUGUCCAUGUUGCUCCCGUACUAUCGAGUGGAAAGUCUGUAUCUGAGAUUUUCUACCCGACAGAAGGAAGGUAUCCUGCUGCUAUUGAACGACCAACUACAGCAUUUCCAGAUGCUUCUUUCCGUUUCUGAAGGUUCUGUACAUAUGGAGGCGAGAACUAAGCGGGGAACAACUGUUCUUAGAAGCAACAAUAAUACAUACGCAGAUGGGUUAUUCCACAUUGUAGAGGUGAACGUACAGACAAGAGAAAUACAGGCAACACUAGAUGGUGUGUCAGACACGUUUUCUCCAGAGACGUCCACGCAAGAAAUCCCUCCCAGAAUAGACGACGGCAUUUACGUUGCUGGCUUAGGUUCGAAGAGUCAAAUCAUUUCUGGUAAAACAAAGCUCAGGUCACUGACUGGAUGUAUCUCAACACUACGUAUAUCAGACAAGGACAUUCCCAUGUACAUGCUACAAGAAAGCAGGAACGUGGUGUAUGGUUCGUGCACAGACAGUGUGUGGCAUCACUGUGUUAAAUUUACGGAAAAUAGUACGCCAGUAACGUUAGACGAGCUGCUGGAGUCAACCCGGAUAUACGUCACAGUCAGUAGCGGUGCUGCUGGUACAGUUCUCAACUAUAAAAGGAAAGACAAAUUUAACAUCAACAUAGACUUGGAUGCUGCGGGAGUGACCAUCACCGAAAGUGUGGUGGACAACGAGGAGAAGCUAUUUACCACACCCCACCACGAGGAAACGUGGAUGACCCUUGUCGUGGAGGACCUAGAGGAUAGAGUAAAGGUUACGCUGAAUGGUACGUCAGUGACCCUGCAACAUAAACAGAAAGGAUGGCUAACUAUAGGCGGGGACAGCCCUCCAGAAUACCAAAUUACGGUCGGAGGAGAGGAAGGCGAGGACCCGGCCACAUUUACUGGAGGAGUAGCACGUGUCAUUGUCAAUGACGUAUUCAUCGAUCUCGCGUCAAGUGCUAAUCCACAUAGGCUCCAUGGAUGUGAGAAACUAAUCCCCGAGCUACCGGAAAUGGAAAAGGACAUGAAGCCCGUAUGCUGAUCCAGUAUUACAUAAUAAUGAUUUUUGUACAUGCUUUGAUUUUCAUUGUAUCAAACGUACAGUAUAUUAACGCUAAUAAUCAAAGUGCAGACAGAAUGAAAUUGAUACUGUGAGUCUUUCAGAAUUUGACACUUAAAAUCAAAUUGGCCCUUUUUAAUAUUAAUGCCAUAAUUUGUAAUCUUGACGCACAUGUGCCUUUCAAAAAACGAAUGCGUAACUUUAAUAUAGUUUAAAACGGGUAGGGCUAAAUUGCGAACAUGAAUUAAUCGCCAUUAAAAUCCUAUAUGCUAACUUUAUAUAAACAUAGUGCUAGUUAUUUGUCAUGUAUUUACAAUCCCUAUACAGUAUCAAUUUCAGACAUAGUGCUAGGAAUGUCAUUCUCAAUUUCUGACGUCAUCAUAAUUAUGACGUAACGUUACAUUCUCUUUAAUCUUGAGAGUGGACGCCUGCUCUAUUUCAAAGUUACAUAAGCCUUCAAUUUCAAAGUCCCUGUACAAUAUCUUUCGUAAUUAAUCUAAAAUAAUGUAAAUAUAUUAGUAUGGAGAUGCUCUUGGAUUGUUAAUCUUGAGAAAGCACAAGCUUCCUCUAAUGCUGUUGGCUUUCAUAACUCAUAUUGUUGCCUCAACUGUUUAAGUUUUAAACGAAAUCAUAUUUCGAAAAUAAAAUAAACGUUUCUAGUAUUAUCAUCUCUAUGAUAUAGGAAAUCAUGCAAAUGCGAUACUGUUUGAUCAUUCUGAGCAUUUCUCUUAACAUAAUUCAUAUCUAGAUGUCCUAUCACUGAACACAGUAAACAACAAAUUGCGGUUUAUUUGGGAACAUUAUGUUACUGUGGGGCUAUAAUCCAAUCUUAAUUUUUUUUUUUUACACAUUUGCUUAUGUUAAAUACUUCUAAAAUUUCGAGCUCGGAUUUAACUGUUUUAAUUACAAGCCAUGGAACACUUUCAUUUACAAUAUCGUUUAAUUAACCAAUGGUUCGGCGACUGUGACGUCAUUUACCAAAUUAAAUGUCACACUGUGACGUAAGAAAUACAAUGGUAGAAAAUCUCUUUCGUUAUCGUUAAAAGGUCUGUACCUUCUAUACAAAAGUUAUGAACAAUAUCAGCUCUGGCCUGCUAUGGCGCUGAAACCAUGGCAUCCUGGAAUUCAAGACUUUGAGCUCCUCCUUUGAUAAAGUUUUAAAUCGAAUGUAAAUUUAUAUAAUAGUGCCCCGAUGGAUGAUACCAGUAGACAUAAUAGGUCCCCGGUAUUACUGGUCCGUCAGUCAGUUAAUUGAUCAGGUUUUUCGGGAUGUAUCUCAUGCAUAGUCAGUAACAAUUACCAAAUUUUGUGUCUAAGUACCUUCUGGAAUGGUAUUGAUCGGCCCCGAUCUCUACAAUAUUGAAUCACUCAGCUUAAAAUUGACUCUAAUAAUUUCAAACUAGGGGAUAUAAGCCAGUAGCAAAAUGCAGUUGGAAAAUCCUUCAAAAAAAUCUGAGGGACUGGUAGCCAUUCUAGGAAAGGAAUACUGAUAUCAGGUCUUGGAUCCCACUUUUUACAAUAAAUGGCCACUUGAUCACUGCGAGUCAUUUGUCCUGAACAUAUAUCACACACUGUCAGCUGCAGUUGUCUGUUGUUUUUUAAACGCUUUUAGGAUCACGCAUUGAAAUCAGGUCUUGAAAAUAAACCCUCAAAAAACACAUAUUUAUAUCCUACUUUAAAACAGAUACAUAUUCAUAUGCCUUGGGUUUUCCAUUGGUGUCUUACCUAUGAGAUACCUAUGAAAUAAGAUAUAGUUAGGCGGGUUGUUUUCAAUGCUUGUUGGACUAUAAUCAGAAUAUAGUAAUAGGCAAUAUGAAUAAAUGCCAAUAAAUUAAAGAGAAAUAGAUGUGAAGCGCCUGCAAACUUGAAGAAUAAAAAAAUAGUUCACAUUUCCUUGGCCUAUCAAUGAAUUGCCUAGUCCUACAGAUCCCCCAGGCAGACACAAAUGCCCUUCCUUGGUCUACAUUGUAACCAGCUGCGUUGCGGUUGACAGUUUAUCGAUGAUGUGAAAAAAACUACCACAAUGGUUCUGACCUGUUGUUUAGCACGUCAUAUAAAAUCGACAAUAACAGUUUUAUGUUUUGACAUGCGUAAUUAACACCACAUUUUGAUGAUAAUCAAAACAAACGCAGAACCUAAAAAAAAAAGAAUGCCAAUGUAGAUUUUUGACAUCUUUACUAUCAUGGCGUUAAACUUGUAAUGCCGGAUCCCCUCCCCAGAAGAUGGCUGUUCUUCUCACUAACUUCAACAAACAUAAGUGAUAUACUCACACAUUUUAAUUAAAUGUUGAAUUUGUUUAGAUAAUAAUUUUAAUGAUAUUAAAAUAUUUCAAUAAAGGAAGAUAAUAUUAUUGAACUGUUUUUACUUGCCCAUAGGAAACGACAAAAUUCCAAUAAGCGCACUAACGUAAAUACUUGCAUUGUAAGUGUUUUGGAAAACAUGAUAGUUUUGUUUCAAUAAAGAUGUAAUUUUGUAGGAGUGUAAGACUUGUGUAAUCCUCAGAAUGAUAUAACAGUACUGUUCGUAGUAUGAAUGCAAUUCACCUCACUCGUAUUACUCAUUAGGUGUUACACGAACAUGUCACUAUAGAAUAAUCAUCUCAUUAAUGCUGCCAUGUUGGCAUCCAAAUAACAAUUAAUUUCCUAGAUCGUUCACUGUAUUAAACAAAAACAUUGCUCUCGUUUACUUGUAUUUCGACCUUUGUAUUUUGUAGACUCAUUCCCUUUUUCAUUUUAAUUCCCAGAAUUUGUCUGUGUUGAAGAUUGCAGAAAACUCGCUGUUUUCGGUUCUCGAUUCGUUUCAGAUAUACGAUGAAAAGACUGACUUCAAAUUUAGCAUUUGUUACAGGGCUUUUCUUGUUUAUUUGAAACGGACAACUUCAUGAUGUCAAAAACUACAUGUCAUCACACUUCAAUAGUAUGAAGACGACACGACAUACGCAAAAUAACUGGUCUUAAUUUUUUGCCUACGCACACGCAUGCGUGCUUCCAGUCGUUGCCAAUUUGGUUUACGUUAAAUUCAUUUAUACAACAAUUUUCAUCAAAAAUUACGCAUUCCGAUUUUAGCGCUCACAUUAAAAUCUAAACAUUUUACAAACAAAAGGACUACAUUCAAUAUUAUGUGCCGCAUAUAGAUGUACUAUUAUUGUAUACCUGUAGUGUUACACAAACUUUAAAGGAUCAUAAUGAGUUUACUCUAUUUCAUUAACCAUGUACCGAGUAAUAAAAUGUAAAGAGCUGAAGCAAAACAGCAGUCGUAUGAAAAAGCAUUCUUGAUAAGCAUAUCUUACCUAGAAGGCGCUUAGAAUUUGAAAGGAAUUGACCUGUUUGGUAAUUAUUGUGAAAUACCAGAGUUAUGGGUUAACACUGCUAGUUUUAAAGUCGGUCGAUACGAAACAUGAAUUGUUCUCCCUCUAUUAUUUUCAGUAACUUCUUUUUUCUUUAUAUUUAUAUUGAAGUAAUGUCUUCGCUUCAUUAUUUAUUCGCUUUAUUUGUGUACAAUAAACUUAAAUGUUUUGUUUGAUAUUGGUGUUUUGAGAGUGGUGUUAGUAAAAUAAGAACAAAAUACCAUCUGUAUAUCCCACGUCAUCAUCCAUCGUUGUCGUUGCAUGUAGAAACGGACUGAAAAGCAUUUAUGAAGAAAGGGAAAAACAUGAUUACACCACACUUAGCAUGCAACUGCUUCAGUCAUUGGAAUAAAUUUUCAUUACAGAAUAAUUGUA